AUGUCCUCCUCCUCCACCCUCCCACCUCAAACCGCCUCUUUCGCUGGCUUCGAAUCCCAUCCCAACAUCGAGCCGUCCGGUGCUACCGCCACCCUGAUUAAGGACGCUGUCGAUCUGUUCUCCGCCAAACCCUCCCCCACCAUCUUUGCACGUUCCUGGUCACCCACCGCCAUCUUCGCCGACCCGAUCUGUCACGCCAACGGUUCGCGCCAGUACCUCGCCCAGUGGUACGGAAUGCCCGCUGCCUUCAGCGAGUCCCACCUUCUCGAGUGGAAGUUGAUCAAGGACGAACCAAGGUUGGUCGAGUACGUGCAGAAACAGAGGUACAAGGUGAAGGGGUUGGGGAUGGUGAAGGAGAUGAUCAGCACGGUGGUUAUGGAGAGGGAUGCGGAGGGGAAGGUGGUGAGGUUUGAGGAUAGGUGGAACCAUAAACCGUUGGGUGGCGUGCUGGGGUGGCCGUUUAGGAGGGCCAAUGCGUUGGUGUUGCCGUGGAUCGUGGGUGUGCCCGGCGAAUCGAAGCAGGCGGUGGGCAAGGAGUUGUAG